AUGAUCCAUCUUUCCUCACCGGCAGCUGGCUGUCAGCUACGCCUCAUCAAAGUUCAAGUUGAGGACGCGGUGGAACAGUACGAUGCAGAGCAGCUCGACGCGCCCAUGCAGCUCAGUCUGGAAGGCCAACGAUCCAUGGGCUCCGACUGCGGCGUACUGUCCCUCACCAUUGCCAUCGGCACAGAUAAGAAGCUCUCCAUUAGGCUCAAUGAUCUCUUGAAUCGCCCUGGUGGCACCGCGGGCGUCAUCUCCAUCGACCGAACAUCGCUCAAGCUCUCUUUGAGGUUGCCGGACCUCCACUACACUCUUCAAACAUGGUUCCGACAAAGCAGAGAUUUUCUCGUCUCUGCAUGCAUUCUCCGCAAGGCUGGAUUCGCCAUAGACGACGACCUACCCCGCGAAGAAUCCGCCAAAAGGACGUCUGACGAACCUGCUGGGCAGUUGGACCAGAUGGGCACCAUGACCCAGCCUUCGCAAGUCUUGUCCCUGACUCCGUCGACAGCCUUGGGAUUGCCAAGCCAAACGUUGCCGGAUAGCACAGCCGGGCCGAACAUCUUUGACGAGGUGCUCGGCCGCUUCCAGAGAAGCAGUACAGGAGCCAGCCAUGUCCUCGACGAGGGCGUCAUCUCGUCACAACCCGCUCUGUCCAGUGCAAAGUCCUGCAGGAUAUCUUCGGUAGGCAAGGGCACGAGCAUACCCCCUGUCGGCUCCCCACCGAAAAUUGUAGUCAGCCAGCAACAGCCCGACUCCCGAGGUCAAGAUGCUGCAAGUCCUUCUUCGUUGGGUUCAGGCCCCCCCCCGCGUCGCCAUGGCCAUUUCACGAGGUCUUUCUCUGCCGCAGCUCACAGGAAAAACCGCGGGUCCGAGAGCAUCCAGCCGGCAGAGUCGUCAGCCAUCCGGGGCGACGCUGGAAACACGGGCCCAGUCACGGAGGUGAAAAACGUCGCCCCGGGUAUGAGCAGCAGUUUUGGCUGGACUACGCAGACAGAAUUCCGAAACCUCAUGCCACGGCGUCGCAAGCUGCCUUUCCUCGAGGAGGAGAACGGCCCGCCGAAACGGUUGAAGCAGGGUUUAGGCUAUCCACCCACAGCCCAGCGGCCAGUUUUGGACGAACCGCCAUCGACACGCAGCACCCUGACCAGCCAUGGAUUGCUUUCUACAGUGCCAAGCGUCGCCAUCAUACUGGGAUUCUCUUCGAUUUCCGAUAAGCUCCUCUUACAAGAGAAAAAGAUACUAUGCAGAUACGAGAAGGCCAUUGCCAAGGGUGAUGACGCAGAUGCCGGUGCUGACUUCUUCUUCAGCUUGCUGCACGAAGCGAGAAUGCAGUUUUGGCUGGGGGAGCUGACCAAGUCCUCUGCACCAGAAGAUCAACCCGUUAUUUUUGUCUAG